UAUAUUUAUUUCAUUUAUACAUAUUUAUGUGCAAACCUUGGAUUUUGUGUAUCAUCAGAAUGAAGAAAUGGAGGGCAUUUUGAGAAAUUUCACACUUAGUGGAAGUUAUAGAUUAAGAAAACAUUUAUACAGUAUUGGGAAUUCAUCGGGAAGACCUAAUAGUGGUGUAAAGCCAUCACCUAUAUGGGUACUAUCGCUAACAGCUACCAAGGAAAACGAAAUAGGAAUACCAAAUGUAAAAUUGAUUGGAACUGUACAUGGAACUGAGCCUGUAGGACAAGAAGUGCUUCUACAUUUUAUAGAGUACCUUAUUGAGGAAUAUGAAAAAGAUGGUCUUGUCACAUGGCUCCUCAACAAUACCAAAAUUCACAUUCUGCCUAAUUUGAACCCCGAUGGAUACAAGGUAGCCAAAACGUUUUUUUGUUAUGGUUGUGCUGAUUGUCCUGGUCUCGGUGUUACCGAUGAAGAUAUUGUUAUAUCAAGUGAUUUUCCAGAUUAUUUUCAUAGGAAUGAGGUUGUAAACCACACUGCAGAAACUCUGGCUGUAAUGAAGUGGAUGGAUAAUAUUCCAUUCACUUUAUCUGGAAGUUUCUUCGGAACUUUUUUGGUUGCUAUUUAUCCCUACUGUAAUAGAAAUGAAACGAUGAUACGCAAUCCAACUCCAGAUGACGAUGUGUUUCAGUUUUUAGCCAAAACGUAUUCUUUCAAUCAUGCAACAAUGCAUACUGGUCAAAACUGCCCCGCUUAUAAAAAGCGAUUUGAUGGUGGAAUUAUAAAUGGAGCAUCAUGGCAUAAUCAUGAUGCUGAUAUGACGGACUAUAAUUAUAUUUUCCAUGGUUGUAUGGAAGUCAGAUUCGAGAUUUCCUGUUGCAAAUAUCCUCCUAUAAAGGAUCUUAAAUAUAUUUGGGCUGAUAACAAAAAUGCAAUCCUCAAUUAUAUCAUGCAAGCAAAUAGAGGAGUUACAGGGCAAGUUCUUGACGAGAUUUCAGGCCGACCUAUAGAAGCAACAAUGAAAAUAAUUGGUAGAAACAUUCAGUUUAAGAAUUUCGGUCCAACGGGAGAAUUUUGGAGAAUAUUACUGCCUGGUGAAUAUAUCGUUGAGGUCGAGGCUAAAGGUUACUACAAAAAAAUUCAAAAUUUCACUGUUAAGGAGUAUGGAAAGAGCUAUCCUCAGUUGACCAAACUAAAUAUAUUUCUUCUAAAUUCAUCGAUUCCAACUACAAGUGAGACAACGGUAAUAUCAUCAACAACAUCGACCACUCAAAAAACUACGACUACAAGCAGUAUUGGAGAACAACUUACAACUCACAUGAUAACCACUAUAAGUUUAGCUAAUCCAAUAAGUCGAUCACAAUUAUUAGAUUUUGUGGUGUUUGUUAUUAUUACAAAGUUCAGACAUUCUAUAAAUAUGGCCUGUAGCGGCUUGAGACGAGCAAUGAUAUUUAGUGUUUUUAUAAUUGGUGUUUUCGGUGGUGUUUAUGGCCUGUUGGAAUUCAAAUAUCACACAAACGAUGAAUUGCAAGAUGUUUUGAAAGAACUUGAAAAUACCGGAAAGAAAAAAUUGUCAGCGAAGCUUUACAGCAUUGGAAAUUCCUCUAAUCCCGACAGACCGUUUCCUCUUUGGGUUUUUAGUUUAACUGCAGCAGAUCCUUCUCAAUAUGGAAUCCCGAAUGUUAAGCUAUUGGGAAAUUUGCAUGGUAAUGAAGCGGGUGGUCGAGAAAUUUUGUUACAAUUAAUUGAGUACUUGAUUGACCAAUUUGACAAAGAUAAAAAUGUCACUUGGCUACUAAAGAAUACUAAGAUCCAUAUCGUUCCUACAAUUAAUCCAGAUGGAUUCGAAGUAGCUGGAGUAGCUUGUAAAGGAAUUACUGGAAGAAAUGUUCCUUUUAGGGAUAUAGAUUUAAAUCGUAAUUUUCCGGAUUUUUUUUGUCCAGAUCCAGAUUUAAUUUUAUCCAAAGAGUCGGAAGCCCUUAUCAAUUGGAUGACAAAUACCAAAUUUAUUCUGUCCGCUGCCUUACACGAAGGAGCUCUUGUUGCAAAUUAUCCGUAUGAUUUAAAUCCAAAUAAUGCUGAUGGUGAAGCUUUUGAAACUCCUGAUAAGGACGUUUUUAAGUACUUGGCCAGAACGUAUUCAAAUAAUCAUCCAAAAAUGCAUAAGGGUGAAAAAUGUCCGGAUAAUAACGAAAAAUUUGUAGGUGGAAUUACUAAUGGUGCAGCAUGGUACGGCUUUAGAGGUGGAAUGGGUGAUUAUAAUUACAAUUUUCAUGGUUGCAUGGAACUGACAUUAGAAUUGUCAUGCUGUAAACGUCCUCAUGCCGAGUUAUUAUCAACAUUAUGGAAUGAAAAUAAAUUGUCAUUAUUAUUGUAUUGUAUGCAAGCCAAUAGAGGGGUAACUGGAAGAGUUUUGGAUUCUGAAACAAGACAACCGAUUGAAGCUAAGUUGAAAAUAAUUGGUAGAGAGAAAUUAGUAUUAUGGAAUCGUAGUGAAUAUGAAAUAUUUUUCCUAAGUUAUAAAAAAACUGGAGAAUUCUGGAGAUUGUUGCUACCAGGAACUUAUACUCUCAAAGUUGAAGCGAAUGGUUACAAAACCGAAUACAAAAAAUUCACGGUGAAAGAACAUAAUCCGUUUCCUAAAUUAACAAACUUAACAUUAUUCCUUACCAAUUCAUCUCUAGCUACGACUACUUCUAGUACUGAAAAAAAUACAAUUGUUUCAAAUUUUUCAUCAAGAUUAAGCGAAGAUGAUUCAGUUGAAGAAAUUACUGAAUCUCCCAAAGUGGGAGAGCUAAAAGGAUUCGCAAAGUGUAUUAAUAAUAAUGUCAGUUUCUCUAUUUUUACAAUACAUAUAUUAUUUUUAUUAAGAUAAAAUAUAUGUCAUAGAUAUAAGAACUAUUUUUGUACAAAAAUGUCUGAUUUUUCUGAUGAAUUUCAUACCUGGUUUCAAACAAUAUGACUUAUGACCAAGAUGAUAUUGGGAAAUAGAUUAUUUUUCAUGUACACAAACUAUACAUAUCGUGAUAAAACAAAUUUGGGAUUUGGGAAGUAAUUUUGUUAUUAUAGUUCAUAUAUAUAAUUUUUUUGGGUCUUCAUUUCCUUCGUUUUUUAUGCAAUUUCUACUUCUAUCGCUUCUCUUGUUUUUCCAUAUCAACUUGAACAUUUUUUAAUAUUUUGUAAUUGAUUUUUGUUUGAGCUUUUCUAUAAUUACCUCAUUUCUUAUCCUAUACCUGUUUUUUUUUCUUUAGUUUUUUUCAUUUCUGAUGUUACUCUGUAGUGUCUUUUUCUUUAUUACCCAGGAAUGUUCACCUAUUUCUUUCUUUCCGAAAAUUAUCUUAACUAAAUAUUGACACCCUGUAUGAUUUAAAAUAGUGAAUUCUCAGCGUUUUUAUCCAAUUGAUCAAUUUUCUUAUGAAAUAUAAAGAAAUAAAUUGAAACAAUUCACGUAAUAGCAGUUUUAAAAAUAGAAAGUAAUAUACAUACGAGGUCUGGCUAUUAACUAAUGAUACUGUGCGCCUAGAUGGCGCCCUAGACGGGUGGGGUAAAAAAUUAUUAGUGCUUUGGGUAUCUAGAUAUCUUGUCUCAAAACACGUUUCCGUCAUUAUUAUAGUAUUUGUGCAUUAGCGUUUUGAAAUGAACGUGUUUUUUUCUCGUACCGAAAAACAUAUCAAUCUCAAAUUUCACGUUAAAUUAAAAAAAAAUCCGACUGAGUGCUAUAAAUUGUUACAAGAUGCCUAUGGAAACAAUUCUGUACCUCAUACGGGUGUUUCUAAGUGGUGUAAGCGCUUAAGUGAAGGCCAAAUGAGCACUGAAGACGACCAGCGCCCAGGUUGCCCUCUGACUGUUUCAGCUCCGGAAAUAGUAACCAAAAUCAACCAAAUUGUGCGUGCAGAUCUUCGAAUGAACAUCCGGAUGAUUGCCUAGGCUGCAAACACCAAUAAAGAAAUGUUUAUAAAAAUUUUACACGAGGAACUUCACAUGGCAAAAGUCUGUGCGAAGUUGGUGCCAAACAAUCUGACUUCUGACCAAAAACUCUUGCGUCUGCUCAGAAGGCUAGAAAAAUAUCUUCUUUGAAAGAAACCCGAUUUGAGUCGAUAGAAGCGAUAAAGCAAAAAACGGCAGAGCUCCUAAAGGCACUCACCAAAGAAGACUUCCCGCACUGCUUUGAUCAAUGGAAAAAAUGUAUGGAAAGGAGUGUGGCGAGUGGAGGGGAGUAUAUUGAAGGGGCGCAUUCGAAUGUAACCAGUCUCGUUAUUUAAUAGCCAGACCUCGUAUAAAGUCAUAAUGGAUUAAUUUGGAAAACACUUAUGCAAAAUUAAACGUGCGUUUAAGUUACAACUAAAAGCAAUGCAUGUAAAUCAAUAACCAGAAGUGUUGGUAACAAAUGACAUCUGGACAACCGUGUAAUUUAUUUAUUUGCAACAACAAUUACACAUUCAUUUAAACAAAUUAAUUUAUAUGCAUACUUAUUGUAAUCACAAUCAGUCGCAUGUAAUUUAAAAAAGUUUUUACGAUUAAUGGUAGCAAUUGUUUUGUCUCUUAUUCCUUUUUAUGAAACCACCUGCUAUUUUUAUUGCUUAAAACGGUUGUGUAACAAAAUAUAUGUUUUAUCUUCAAUCCAUGUUGACGGAUACAAUGUUUAAAUCUUUUCUAGAAGUUUUUUAUAUAUAGUAGUGAAUACAAUAAUUAUUUCUUAUUGAAAUUUAAUUAACAUCGUUAUUAAAAUUUGUUGACAAGAAAAACUAAUAUUUACUAUACAUCCAUUAAUUCUGGAGUUUUUAGAAGAUAAUUUCGAUAUAAGUGGAGGAUUUUCUAGAGAAAUCCAAAUUAUUUAAC